CAUUUGGGCCAAAGCCCAAGGCACUUCUGGGAAGAAACCCUAAUAAUCUCAAGCAAUCGACGAUUUUGUAAAUUAACGGCAAGCUGUUUUCUAUUGAAAUCGUAAAGAUUGGAGGGUAUUAUGGACAAAGUUUUCUUGUUCAGCGAGUCACUUUGGUGCUGAAAAUCAAAUCGAGUUCAAGGUCCAUAAAAGAGCUUCGCAGUUGAAGUUCUUUAAAAUCGCAACCAUAUCAUAAUCUGAACAAAGAAUGAGUAGAGGAAGUGGAGGUGGUUACGAUCGCCAUAUCACAAUCUUCUCCCCUGAAGGUCGUCUUUUCCAAGUCGAAUAUGCGUUUAAGGCUGUAAAGGCAGCUGCCAUCACUUCGAUCGGAGUUCGCGGAAAGGACUCUGUCUGUGUUGUCACGCAGAAGAAAGUUCCAGACAAGCUUUUGGAUCAGACUAGUGUUACCCACCUUUUUCCUAUUACCAAGUACCUUGGAUUAUUGGCUACUGGCAUGACCGCUGAUGCAAGAACUUUGGUCCAGCAAGCACGGAAUGAGGCAGCUGAGUUUCGUUUCAGAUAUGGAUAUGAAAUGCCUGUAGAUGUAUUGGCCAAAUGGAUAGCAGAUAAAUCACAGGUUUACACUCAGCAUGCUUACAUGAGACCCCUUGGAGUAGUUGCUAUGGUCUUGGGCAUUGAUGAGGAGAAUGGGCCUCAGCUCUACAAGUGUGAUCCAGCUGGCCACUUCUACGGUCACAAGGCCACAAGUGCUGGAUUGAAAGAACAAGAGGCUAUUAAUUUUUUGGAAAAGAAAAUGAAAAAUGACCCUGCUUUCUCCUAUGAGGAAACUGUGCAGACUGCCAUUUCGGCUCUACAAUCUAUUCUGCAAGAGGACUUCAAGGCUACUGAGAUUGAGGUGGGGGUUGUGAGAGCAGAUAAUCGAGUUUUCAGAGUGUUGCCAACUGAGGAGAUUGAUGAACAUCUGACUGCCAUUAGUGAGCGUGACUGAUUUUCUUGAGUAACCAAAGCUACUUUCAGAGUAGAGGCAAUUCUCCUGGCAUUUGAAGUCAUUAGGAUAUGCAAGAAGAGGACAGAAGAGCAAGAGACUAUUUUUACUUUAAAUUGUGUACUACACUGCUCUAGAUUUGUUAAAUUACCUUAUCAGGCUCUGGUAAUACAAUUUCUGCAUUUGCAUUUUUAUUUUCA